AUGCUAAGUCAGUGGUGCUGCAGACCUCCGUGCUGCAGAACUCCAUGCUACAGACCUCCAUGCUGUAGACCUCCAUGCUGCAGACCUCCAUGCUGCAGACCUCCAUGCUGCAGACCUCCAUGUUUCAGAACUCCAUGCUGCAGACCUCCGUGCUGCAGAACUCCAUGCUGCAGACCUCCAUGUUUCAGAACUCCAUGCUGCAGACCUCCGUGUUGCAGAACUCCAUGCUGCAGACCUCCAUGUUUCAGAACUCCAUGCUACAGACCUCCGUGUCUCAGAACUCCAUGCUGCAGACCUCCAUGCUGCAGAACUCCAUGCUGCAGACCUCCAUGUUUCAGAACUCCAUGCUACAGACCUCCGUGUCUCAGAACUCCAUGCUGUAGACCUCCAUGCUGCAGACCUCCAUGCUGCAAACCUCCAUGUUUCAGAACUCCAUGCUGCAGACCUCCAUGCUGCAGAACUCCAUGCUGCAAACCUCCAUGUUUCAGAACUCCAUGCUGCAGACCUCCAUGCUGCAGAACUCCAUGCUAUAGACCUCCAUGUUUCAGAACUCCAUGCUGUAGACCUCCAUGCUGCAGACCUCCAUGCUGCAGACCUCCAUGUUUCAGAACUCCAUGCUGCAGACCUCCAUGCUGCUGACCUCCAUGUUUCAGAACUCCAUGCUGCAGACCUCCAUGCUGCAGACCUCCAUGCUGCAGAACUCCAUUCUGCAGACCUCCAUGUUUCAGAACUCCAUGCUGCAGACCUCCAUGCUGCAGAACUCCAUGCUGCAGACCUCCAUGUUUCAGAACUCCAUGCUGCAGACCUCCGUGUUGCAGAACUCCAUGCUGCAGACCUCCGUGUUGCAGACCUCCGUGCUGCAGACCUCCGUGCUGCAGACCUCCAUGGCUCUCUGUGCCUCCAAAGCCUCUAUUCUCCCCACUGGGAAUCGAUAAAUUAUAUCAUAAGCAUUAUAACCUAUUUAUAAUAUAA